UGGUAAACAACCACCAACAAACAACUGUCACAAGACUAAGAAAACACCGUCGUAAGAUCAACAAAAGACAAAAUCAUUGAUGAAGUAAAAAGGACAGCAACCGCGUCUCCCCAACACCCGAAGAUGAAGUGUAGCGUGUGGUCUUCGGCAUCCUGAGUGUGUCCCUGGCAAUGAGACCCCCACGCUAGCAUUGAGUUUCCUGUCUUGACCAAGUGAAGACGUGCAGUUUGGUGCUGCUGCCUCCUGGCGUGGCUGGUUGUUGCAAACCGAGAUAACUUCAUUUCUUAUCUGAGCAGUGGCGUCUAUGUGAAAGCAGAAGUUUCUAAGCUGUGACUUUCUAUGUGAAGAAGGAAGUUUCUAAGCAGUGGCAUUUGUGAGCUCAGGCAGUGAGGAGGUUGACUGAGUAGUGCCAGCCGCGUGUUCAGACAAGAAGGAGGUUUCUUAAGCAGUGACAUCUGUGUGCUGAGGCAAUAAAGAGCAGUGCCAGUCGUGCGCGCAGUCAAGCAGAAAGUCAUCUACGCCUAUGUGCCCAAACAGUAGGGUAGGGCAAGGCUGUGUUUAAGAGACAUUCACGAUGAACUGUUCAAUAAACAUAGACUACUACAAGGACAAUUCGACCUAUGUGGCCCAAUCUCUCCUCGUCUAUGGAGUCGUUCAUAAUUACAUUGUUUUCUUCCUUGGCACCUUCGCGAAUAGCGUUGUGUUGUGGUGUAUAUCGCGAUGUACGAAAACCAACAUGGCCAUGAAACUGCUGAUGAUGAGUGUCUUCGCGUCUCUGCUCGUGAUCUGCCUCAUAACCCGACCCGUGAUGGCCGAGAGACUGAUCGGGAAUCUGUACUGUGACCCGACGCGACCCGACAUGAAGGUUCUGCUGGCCUUCGCUCUUCUCUACUCGUUCUGCGCCCAGUUCGAGCUCGCUGCCAUCGCGGUCGUGGCGUGUGCAGAUUUAUAUGUCUAUCUAUCCAUCUAUCUACCACAUGCAUAUGAAUAAAUGAAAGCAUAGACGUAUGUACGGCGCAUCACCCGUCACCCUUCCCCGACAGGACCGCUGCAGUGUGGGCAUCCAACGCCUACG